AUGGCAUCACCCUUCCUCUCCCCGUACACAGCGGGCGAACCCAGCACCAACCCACUCCUCAUAACCGUCCGCUUUUCCGCCUCAAUCCCCGACCUCCAACUAGACGUCCCCGAACCAGAAACAACAACAGGCGCAGGUCUAAAACAACUAAUCCGAGCCCAACUCCCCCAAACCCUCUCAUCCCAUCGCCUCCGCCUCAUCUACGCCGGCCGCAGUCUAGAAGACACAACCGCCCUAUCAACAUCCCUCAAACUCCCGUCCACACCAAGCCGAAACCCGUCCCCAGCAGACAUAGACUCAGACGACGCGCCAGAAAAUGGAAAGGGCAAACGGGCUGUGCGCGAUACCCGGCCGCGCACCUAUGUCCACUGCUCGAUCGGCGAUAUCGCCCUCUCGGAAGCAGAUCUAGCCAGCGAAGCGAGCGUUGCGUCUACAAUUCUCCUGCAGCAGAAAAAGAACAAGAUAUCAGCAAAGGACCGUACAUCGCAAUCGUCUCACCAUACCGCUCCCCAGCCAACGACAACCACGCCCGCUCCCCGCGGCUUCGACCGUCUGCUAGCGGCGGGCUUCACCGCAGCUGAGGUCACGGCCCUGCGGUCACAGUUCCUGGCCGUGCUGUCUGCGUCGCGGACGCCGGAUACUAUGCCGACUGGCGAGCAGUUAAGGGAUCUGGAGGAUAGGUGGAUGGAUGAGGGGUCGACGGGGGCGCAGAUGCAGGGGAUUGGUGGGGAGGGUGGGGAUGAUGAGGGUGGUGGGCUUGGGACUGGGUCGAGGGGGGCGAUGGAUGAUAUGCUUUGGGGUGCUGUUAUGGGGUUCUUUUGGCCUGUUGGGUGUGCAAUGUGGUUGAGGAGGGAAGAGGGGGUUUGGAGUUGGAGGAAGGGGGUGGCUGUUUGUAUGGGUGUUGUUAUUAAUGUUGCGUUUGGGGCGAUGAGGGUUAUGAAUUAG